AUGGUGCGUCAGCUCCACGAUGGAGUUCUGGUGCGCGUCACAGACAAUGAAGCGGUCUCAGAGGCAUUCGCAGUGACCAACAGAGUGAAGGAGGGCUGCAUCCUCGUGUCUACCCUCUUCAGUCUCAUAUUCUCUGUCAUGCUGAUGGACGCCGACGGUGACGAACGUCCUGGGAUUCGCAUAACUCACAGGACGGACGGCCACUUACCCAAUCAGCGGCGGAUGCACUCGCAGUUCCGUGUAUCUUCAACCACCGUCCACGAACUUCUGUUCGCCAAUGACUGUACACUCAAUGCAACUACAGAAGGAGAAAUGCAAAGGAGCAGGGAUUUCUUCUCCGCCGCCUGGGGGAACUUCGGCCUGGACAUCAACACGGGAAAGGCGGUUGUCAUGCACCAACGGCCACCCAAAACUGCACACAAUGCGCCGCAAAUCAGCGUGAACGGAAUUCAGCUGCAUGUGGUGGACAACUGUACGUAUCUCUAA